CAAACUACGAGUAUCUGACUACUAGUCGAUUACCUUGAACUCGUACUUGAUCCCAAUCCCAAAACUACGAUUUAUCAACCCUUAUACUUACCUAGUUGUCCAAACUCAAACUCGACUGAAUCUUACGUCCGGCGCACUCGCUUUCCCGAAUACCCGCAACACAGGACCUCAAGGCCCACGCGACAGCCCACCCGUAUCUCUUUCAUCCUCGAAGAACGCGCCAGUAAUCAGUACUGCCUGCGCGCAUUCGAAUAGCAACAGCGACAGCACCAAACCCCCUCGAAAAGUACUCCUUCACCCACACUAUCAAUCAUGGGUAAGCGGAAAUCUGCGAAGAAACCCCAGGGCCCAAGAAAGAAAGAAAGACUGAACACAACGUUUCUAUGCCUCUUCUGCAACCACGAGAACUCAGUGAGCGUGACUAUUGACAAGAAGGCGGGAGUCGGAAACCUGCACUGCAAAGUCUGUGGCCAGGUCUUCCAAACCAAGAUUAAUUUCCUUUCCGCUCCUGUCGACGUGUAUGCAGACUGGCACGAUGCUUGCGAUGCAGUCUCCAAGAAGCCUGAUGAGGGAGCUGGUAGAUCGAUCAACCGGACUGCGGGACCGCCGCGACCCGCCGCCGCCGCUGGAGGCGAUGACAUGGACGAUUUCAUCGAAAACGACGAGCCAGAUGCGGAGGGCGAAUUCGACGACGACGACAUCUGAUCAAAGCAUCAAAACACUGUUGUACAACAUUGACAUCAUUUGUGGCGGAGCUCAAGGGGUGGCAUAAAAGGCGUUUGGGGGUGUUAUCUUGUAGCUACGGCGCAUGGGAAAGAGAUCAAAGCAUGAUCCGGGCGGCUAGAAUGGCCACGGAAUCGAAUUGCGCCUUAAUGCGUAUGUCAUAUGCUAUAAUAAAAAUCCAACUCUUUCAAUGAGUUGGCCGCAUAGUGGUUCGCCACUUUUCUUUACUUGCGGUUCAUAAGAGCGUAAGAUGAUCAAUCGGACAUUUACCGUCGAGAACUUUAGAUGUUUCCACAAUGUUUCUUCUUGAUUUGGGGGCCUGUUACAUGGUGUAAAAGCGGUCACCGAAAUCUCCUAGUCCUGGUACGAUAU